UUCCCCGUGUUGCCUGGGCCUGGUCUCGAACUCUUGGGCUCAAGCAGUCCUUCUGCCUGGGCUUCCCAAAGUGCUGGGUGACAGGUGUGAGGCACGGUGCUGGGCCAUUAGCAAGUCUUUAUGUAUUUGAUGACAGUGUUUGACCACCCCAGCCAAAACUUCUCUGGCCUGCACAUCCCUAAUUCUUUUGGCCGAUGCUCCAUCUCUACUUGUUCCCUGUGGGUGCCCCUCCCAACACACACAGGUCCACACUUCCCCGAGUGACCCACCAGAUACCCCUGGCGCUAGCCCUCAAGAGAAGAGCUGGGCUCCAGGAAUAAUGUUCCUUUGGUUCUUCAUGGCUCCCACCCCGCUCCUUCAGGUCUUGAUUUCUGAAGGACUGGGGCAGUUCGCUCAAGAUCCCAAGUUCAUCGAGGUCACCACCCAGGAGCUGGCGGACGCCUGCGACAUGACCAUAGAGGAGAUGGAGAGCGCGGCCGACAACAUCCUCAGCGGGGGCGCCCCACAGAGCCCCAAUGGCGCCCUCUUACCCUUUGUGAACUGCAGGGACGCGGGGCAGGACCGAGCCGGGGGCGAAGAGGACGCGGGCUGUGCGCGCGCGCGGGGGCGCCUGAGCGAGGAGGAGCUCCAGGACAGCAGGGUCUACGUCAGCAGCCUGUAGUGGGCGCUGCCAGAUGCGGGCUUUUUUUAUUUGUUUCAAUGUUCCUAAUGGGUUCGUUUCAGAAGUGCCUCACUGUUCUCGUGACCUGGAGUUAACCGGAACAGCGUCUUCAUUCAUUUCUGUUGGGACAAGACGCGGAGCCUGGGUGCGCGAGCCGCCCUCCGGGAGGAAGGCGCCCGGCUGCGUCUGCAGAGGCGGGGAGAGGAGGCGGCGAGGGUCCCGGGGCGCGAGGAAGGCGCCUGCCCUCUCCCAGCCCGCAGGCCCCGGGCCCGGCCGCGCCUCUGCGGGGAGAGCACCCCGGCUUCCCGCGCGCCCUCACCCAAAGGACCCUACAGCAAACGGGUGUCUUUCGACUCUGCUUGUAGAAACCAUUUGCACAUAUUCUGUACGAGCCUCGCUGUCUCCCUAGAGCCAGGGUCCCGCGGAUUUGGAGAAGGGAGCGGGGCAGGACUUCCAGGAGGACCCCAGCCCGGCCCGGAGAGGGAGAAGGAGGCCGUCAGGGGCGCGGAGCUUUGGGGAUGAGCGUCGGGCCGGCCGUGGUGCCGCUCACCCCGACCCGCCCCUGCCCACCUGCGACGGGAUCCCCCGACCGGCACGGGCCACGCCGACCUCCCGGCCAGCCGCCGGCCCGCAGGCAGCGCGAGGGAGGAGCUGCGCCGCCGGGAAGGGGCCGCCGGCUCCGCGCAACCAGGUGGUGCUGAGCUUCCGCUGAGCGCUCUUUUGUUUUGUGGUUUGACACUUUUCUUGACAGCAUGUUGCAGUUUCUUUUUGGUUUUGGGUUUUUUUAUUUUUUAUUUUGUUUUCCCAGGGGGAGGGGAGGAAGAAGAGUGUUUACAAAGUCCUGUAGCCCCCUCACCUUUCUGUUUUCACUUUUGCCAAUGUACAUCGGGUUUGGUUUUCUUGUAUUAUUUAAACGGUUGUGGUUUCCUUUUUCCACGGAGGUUCAAUAGAAGCCGCUGCAGGAGAGUUUUACCAACCAUUGUGUAUGCCCAAUAAUUUGUUAUCAUUUCCUUAGGUAGCAACCUAUUUUUGUUCUGGUUUGGUUCGGUUUUCUCAUGGAAAGGUAAUUGCAAUGCACUUGAUGUGGUCUUGCACAUGUGGGUGAUAGAGUUGGGUUCCUUUUAAUGCUGGGUGUACAGGUGGGUUUGGGAGAGAGGAGCAUGCGCGAGAGUCUCCGAGUGUGUGCGACGCGUGUGUGUGUGGUGGGUUGUCUGUGUGCAUAUGUCCUGCCUAUGUAUAUGCACCCACACCAUGUGCCCGUGCACACCAGUGACUACGCAGUCCCCCCUUUCUGAUUUAGCUGUGGGAAGAUCUGAAUCUGGGGCCAUUUGAAAGCAAAAACAAACCACUGUCUCUGCUUCUGAAAUGGGAAUCAGUAACUCUGCAUUUUCUGUCCCACAAGAUAUGCAAAAACAAUGCAAUAAUAUUCAUUUAAAAAUACAAUUGUGAGUUGUGUUGGCAUUAAAACUGUAUUUAAAAAAAAAAAAGACACAGAAAUUUAAGGGAAAAACACAAGAAGGCAUUUUGCUUCACUAUAUUCCGUGUAAUGUUUUAUUGCAUUGAUAAUGUUUCUGUUGAAGAAACCGUUAUACUUGAAUUCAGGUCAGUUUCAGUAUUUUUCAAAUAUUUUUUUAAAACUGAAUUGCAAUUGUGCCAAGCGAAUAUAAUGAAUUGAAUUAAGUUGGUUUUCGGAUUCACUUCUUGUAUAUUUUGCUGCAUGUAAAGUAAAUCAUUUUGUAUUUGGAGUGUGA